CUCAAGUGACACAAACACUUAGGAUUCUAACUAUGAUAUUUGCUUCUUUUAAAUGUUAUUUGUCGCAAACAAUCUUGAUUUCCAUAAUAGAGAGUGCAAUGAGAAUACAAGAAAAAUUUCAAUAUUUACAUAUUAAACUUUUGGCUUGAUUCCAUCAAUUACUAUUUUGAAUCUUGCAUUAGUAGCUAUCACCAUAACUUUACUUUUCGAUUUGUUCAUCUUCAUUCCAAAAUCGUUUGUACUCUCAUUCGAUUUAUUUAUAUUAAAAUUUUUAUUUACUUCUUUUUCGCCUCUAGUCACGAUAAUCACGUCAUCCGCGAAUGCUCCUUCUAGAACUUCUUUUUUUAUAUUCGACAACAAAUUUUUUUAUCUCUUUUUACACUUUUUGUUAUCUCGUCCAUAUAGGUUAUGACUUGGGUUGGAUUCAAUCCUCCGCCUUGUAAAGACCUUCUUGCCACACUUGCUGUAGUACAUGCAAUAACACUUCUGUUCCUUGUGAUCCCAUAUAUUUUGUCAUUUUUGUGGUUAAUCUAUCUUGACCAAGAGCUUUUUCAUUUUUUAUUCUAUUGUUACCGUUUCCAACUCUUCCAUGCUUAUCUGCUCACUUGCUUCUGUUUCUUUUUUGUGGUACAGGGGCCGGUAACUUUAUCUCAUUUUGACCAUUUACGCUUUUAUCCUUUACAGCUUUAGUCUCAACUAUUUGUUUUCCUAGAGAGUCUUCCAAGGUUUUAAUAUUUUAAAAAAGAACUUUUGUUUUUUCUUGCUGUAUCUCUGCAGCUUUAUCUCCGAACUCUGUCUAAUUUUGCUUAUUUGCCUCAAUCACAAUUUCUUUCACUUUCUUCUGUUCCCUCUUUAAUCAUCAUAACUUUCACGUCUUUGUUUUCUUUAGAUAAGUUUUCUUUAUCGCCCAUCUUUCAUUUAACCCAUUAAGGACCAGUGAUACCACGUUCUCUGGUAUAUCUUAACUGUUGUUGACACUAAUAAGGCUUCCUACAAGUUUCCAUCUAAAAUCCAACUGAGAAAUUGGUUUGCCUGUGCAUUUUCAAGCAUUUACUAGUGCGGAGUUUAACAUAUUUAUAAAUAACGGCCGCCACCAUUUUUUUUCCUGGUAAUAGUAUUUCAAAUGUUCUGACAAUGUCAGAUGACAAAUCUUGUAUUCCACCGAUAGUUUCUUCAUCAAUAUCUUCCUCAUUGGUCAAACUGUUAACUUCGUUUGAAACAUAACAAAUAUCAAUUAUUUCGUUGAUUAAGCAUUAAAGGCCUUUUUGGAUUAUAUUGAUAUUUCACCUUACUCUAAAGUCGCUAAUAUACCCUGACGCAUAUAUAUUUAUACCACUACAAAAUUGUAUAUACCAUCAUAAAAUGUUCUUGAGUCACAUAUUGUGAUGCAUGCACUCACUUCUCCACACUUACUACAAAAAUUAUAAUGUUAUAUGUACAUAGUGAACUUUUUUUAAGCAUUACUGUGAAAAGAACAAAAAGGUGUCAAAAAAAUUAUAUUUGCGUAAACAAUUUUUCUCUUCUCUUUACCUAAAUGCAAUAAAAUAUGUAUUUAAAUGCUUUAUUUAUUACUAGCAAUAAUAUUCCCAAUUUUGUCGUAAUUUGGGGCAUAAAUUAUAUUCCUUCUUUUUAUUAUAGACAGUAAUUUUUAAUUUUUAUUUAAUUAAUCAACGACUCUGAAUGCCGUCCUAACUAACUAUUUGCAGUCACAAAAACAACUUCAGACAAAUUUACGAAUGCAAUUCAUAUAUAUACCUACUGGUAGUUAUUAGGUCCCAAUGUUGCGUUAUCGCAACGUUCAACUUCAAACGAAUAUUAUUUUUCUGAUGUAACGGUUUUGUUUUCCGUUACUUAUAUUUUUGUGUUUGGUUAAAAUUUUUGGUCAUCUGAAUUUCUUUUAAAUUUUAAUUUAAAUUGUCGUUGGAGACUGGUUGUGAGGUUGUCGCUUUUUGAUUGGUUCGAAGAUGGUUUGUAGCGAGUGACGGGUGGUUGAUUUCUUGAUUUGCCAGCAGGGGGGUGGCACGACAUAGGAAUAAAUUUAUCUAAGUAUGUAGUUCCAUGUCACAUCGCUGGAUGGCGCUACCGUCGGCGUUCGGCAAUGUUCGGCAUUGUUCGUCCUUCCCGAGGUUUAAUAAUUGAAAUUUUAAUCACUUAUUUUAUAAAUUGCUAUAAUAUGUUGCCUAAGUAAUGUAUAUAUGAGAAAAAAAUUAUAUAUGUAAUUAUCCUGUAUUUGUAUGACUUUUUGAGAAUAAAUAUCAAGAAAAAGAAAUCGUAGAAUCGUCAUGGCGGUAUUAGUGACUAAUAAUUAGUCAUAGUUCUUGCUUGACGCGUUCGCUUCACUUCGUUUUAGCUCAAGUGGAACUACGUUUGUAUAUCUCGUUAUUGUGUUUUAUAAUAGUGAUACUUAAUCUGUGAAUAAUUAUGCCUGCAAUCGCAAGUUGUGUGGACAAACAGUGUCCGACAAAUUCAUUGCCGCCCAGAGAUCGACAACUCUUCUGCUUUCCAAGAUCAGAAGAUCUGCGGCGGCAAUGGUUGGAAAGAAUGAGCAGGCCAGAUCUCAUGGAGUUGUCACAUGCUCAAUUACAUGGGAGAAGGCUGCGCGUUUGUGAGCGCCAUUUCAACGGCAAUCAGUUUCAGACGUCAGACCGGAAGAAGUUAACUGCACACCAAAUCCCUCGACGUGCAAAUUUAGAAGACAAUCCCGAUUCUCCUGCCAAUACUCCAUCCGGUACAUCCAUUCCCUGCAUGUCUUCUAAAUUUGAGACUCCUAAGUUGAGGAGGUGCAAAGGUCGAACAUCACAAGUUACUCCGAAGGAGCGGAAGCUGUUGGCCAGGUUAAAGAACGCUGAAACCAUUUUACGUUAUCGGAAGAAGCGUAUCCAGUACUUGUCUCAAUCCCAAAAAGUUUAUCCAAAUCCCUUUUCCCCAUCUAGCUUAACCAAUAUCCAACAAAUACAUACCCUACCUAAACCUCUCCGUGUUUUUAUUCUUUCCCUCCUUCGAAAUUUCCAUGUAUCCAAAAAAAACCGCCGUUAUACCUUAGAAGAGAAAGCCCUAUUCCUCUCCAUUUUCAAACACGGUCCCCGCUCCUACCGAUACCUGCAAAAGAUCCUUUCCCUACCGUCUACAAGAACAUUAAGACGAUCCCUUGCAACUUUCCAACUAACCAGCGGAAUCAACCUAAAUUUAUUUACCUAUCUGAAGAGUGUUUCAAGUAAAAUGGCUCUCCGUGACCGUUUCUGCACACUUAUGUUUGAUGAGAUGGACACUGGAAAGAAUUUGAAUUUGAAGCUUGUGUAUGAAUUGCAUGGAUUUAUGAUGGUCAAUCAUUGUGCAAGUAAAAUGGGGCCAUUACGUUGAGAGUAAACAUUUUGUCUGAUAUUCAAUGAAACAUCCUUCAAUAGGUCUACCAAAUUAAUUACGAAAAAGGAAAAAUUAUGCUGAACGUGACUUUCCACUGUCACAUGUGGGUUAUUAUCAGACCAACAUAAAUUUGUAUAUUAUUUACCAAGCAGGAGAUUUUGUUCAAUCCCGUUAGCAGCACUUUGAGUUAUAAUUACUCUCAGGAAGGAUUGAGGGCAAUAAAAAACUGCAAUGCAAUUGAUUCUGCCAAUAUUUCGUAUCUAUUUCGAUACUUCCUCAGGGCGAGUCGUUAAAUUGCAAUGAAACUAACGAAAAAUCGGAAGAACAUUGUCAACAAACCGCAUGCAAAAAAUAACAAAUAUUUAUACUGUUUCUUCUCCCGCUACCGCCUCUGGUUCAUCUUCUAAAGUGGUCUCCAAUAAAUUCAUUGCUUUACUAGAAAGCCCGGAUAUAUUGCUGACAUCACCAUACAUCUUCAUUACUUUUCUCGCAAUAAUUUUAGCAUUAUCUGUCAUGUUUACAGCUGAUAUCUUAGCAAUAGUUGGAACCUUCCAAAUGUCAUGAUCACAAAUGAGUGGAUUUCUGGUGACAAUCCACACACAAACUAAGCUCAAAAAAUCAUGAUUUCCAGUAGCCAUAUUGCAAUUGGCUGAAUCAACUAGCAAUCUUACCCAUGGCCAACUAACUUCAGGAGCAGCCGGGUCUCCAAAUUUCUUUAGAAAGUUCACAAGAGAUUCUAUGCUGGUCUUUGUGAAAGACAAGUAUGACACCUCUAGCAGCAUAUUGUUAUUUACACAACAUGCUGCUGAGAUAUUUCAAUGAUUUCAUAUUUGUGAUAUGUCGUUAGGAACCAGUCUUUUAUGGCUGUGCUAUGGAUAGGUACACAAGUGCUCUACAAAGAAUAAUUGCCACAGAGCUUCAGAAUAAUUCUUUGUGGAAUGCAUGUGUAUGUGCAACCUGUACAUUUUGGGAUCUGCUUUUUUGAUAAUUUUUUUUGUUAAAGUUCCCAAAAUGUAACUCUUCCUUGCUUAUUUUCUGUGUACUGCAUAUUAUGUUACUGUUCACACGAUCAUUUUGAGUCAUUCAAACUUCUGUAUAACUAACAUUUUUAAAAUUGUAACCAAGAACUCAAUUAUGCGCAGGCCAAAAUCCGUGCAUAGGUAAAUGGUACUCGGAAAUGCAAGUUGUAAUCAAAAUAUUCCACUAGUACAUGAGCUAUGGCCUCGCGGGCCAUAGAAGAUGUUCUCGCGGUCCGGAUGCGGCCCGCGGGCAACCCUGUUUUAGAAUAUUGUAGGGAGCGGCUCUUACAUAAACGUGUGGGUGUGCAGGGCAUAUGCGACAACUGGAAAUUUGUCACGCUAUUAUUGAUUUGGUCCAGAUUUAGAAAUAAAAGAAAAGUUCAAUUUUAAUCUUUACUUUAAUUAUCAAUAAUAUCAAGAAAAAUUACAAAAGAAACAAUAAAACAAAAUCUACAAUCAAAAUGUAAAACAUAUCAACCAAAACCUAAUAAACAAAAUUUAUCAAAUAGAACUUAUUAAACAAAAUUUAUCAAACAAAACUCAUUAAACAUAAUAACAAAACGAGACAUACCAAACAAAAUAGAACAUAAGCAAUUAGUACAAUUAUACAAUGAAAUUACUCGCAAAGGGUUCGAAAUCUCAGCGUUGCAACGGGCUUCUUUCGACCUACUAUUCUACUUCUCCCUUUUGAACUCCAUGUCAGGUCUGACUCGAUUCUCUUCUGGACCUUAGAUUCUUCUUUGUUUCUCUCCUUCACUGGAUCUGACAGCUUCCAACUUCUCCAGUCACUUUCUGUCCAAAACCAUGGGCUCAGUUAUCCAGUAAUUGACCAAUUAAGGAAAUUUUCGUAAAUAAAUUAUUAUAUUUGCCUUAGUUUUUAGUUUUAAAUAAAAUAAAAAAUACCAUUACGUUCAACUAUAUUUUAAGUUUUAUUAACAGUUAACAAAAAAAAGAAAAGCUUUUAUUUCAAGAAAAAAAAUUAAAUGUGCAAAAAUUCCUGAUUUUCCAGUGGUUGACCAUAUUUUUUCCAUUAGUUGACCAGUUGUUAAGAAUAAGGAAUAAAAUAACAAAUUAAUACACUUGUACCAUAUACAUACAAAAACAGUUUUACAAACAGUCGGUUUCAGAUAAUUCAUACUUAGAUUUUUUGUUCUUUUUCUGUUUGACUAUUUUUUUCGGGAUUUUUUUAUUAGUUGCUUGCAGAUGCAGUUUUUUAUUUAUAAUUUAUAAUGUCCCCACAGAAACGUAAUGAUUGGGGUAUCAGAGGAAAUAAAUCUCUUAUCAUCAUUACUGCUCAAUGAAAUUUUGUUUAUAUUCACUAAAUAUAAUUGAUGAUUAUUUGAACGAAUAUUAUUGAAAUUGCUUAAUUUAGUUGAAUCGUUAAAUAGAGCGUUUUCGAAAUCUUUAAACGUUAAUAACUUUGAAGCGGUUCUUCCAAUUCCUUUCACUUUAGCUGAUUGUUUCGUAGCUCAAGUUGGUUAGGUUCUUUUUAAACACUCCCUUUCGUUUUUUUGACUUUAUUAAUCGUUAAUAAAAUAAAGAUACACUUCUAAAAACACUGCUCAGCUCUACGCUUAUUAUAUAUGUCCGCUAUAUGAACAACACACCCGGAAUAUAUCUCGAGCACGCGUUGCCCAGCGGCACGGUGGGUUGCCUAAACGCUCGGCGCUUCCUUCUCCCCGACACUGAUAUUUCUUUAUUAUUAAUCUUUAAUGUGUAUACUUUAGCUCUUAAUGUAAUAAAUUCCGUUAGAAUACCUCCCUUUCAUUCAUCUCUAAAUUUACCUGGAACUUUUUUAUUCAUCAAAGGAAUUUUCCAAAUGUUAUUAGAAGACAGAUCUGAGGUAUCAAAUAAAUCAAUAUUAUCGCGAAUAACAUCAUAAAUAGAAUAAUUUUUAAGCUUGCAUUUAAAUUUAUAAAUUAAGGAAUCUGUAUCCAUAUACAUAAGUUGAACAUGAAAUUUACUAUCUAGAAUUUGUUUAACAAAAUCGUAGUGAAAGGAAUACAUUAAUGUUUUCGAUAGCUCCAAUACAGUAAAACCUAUAUAAAUAG